ACUGUUCCUUCCGUCACUAUACUCAGUUUUUCACUCAUCUCCCCCAUUUACCAUCGCAGUCAUCCGUGGAGUAAUUUGCCUUCCUUUCUGUGUAUCAUUUAUUUCAAGUCCCGAUCGUAACAUUGAGCACCGUUUUUUUGUCAUACAACAAAGACUUAUCAGAUCAACGAGUUAAACAAGCAUGAUUUAAGUCUUUUAUUGCUUUUACUUUGGUUUUCGCUUCAUACAUAGCUACUGGAACGUGGGUGUGUGUGUACGCGUGUGGUCGGUGGUUGUUGUGGGUGUGCAAUGUUGGCGCAUCCUUGGUGAGUGUGGUGCCGCGUCACGGGGAAGUUAAAGAAGAGAGUGUGAUGAGGAGUGUUGUCAUGACGUGUGGAGUGGUGUGUUGUUGUCCCUGCGGGCCGGCGCGGCUCCCUUGGCCAUGACCGACGCCAAAGUUUAUCCAUUAAGGGGGCUGACCCACCCCGCCACGCCACUGAAGGCCGUGGGAGGCGCUACACUGGCGCCGCAGUGAUGUCACCGCACAGGGAUGACACGCCGGCAGGUUGUCAUCAUGCUGGAGGUGCGCCGCCACCCUGCAUCGCUCUGUUUGUUUUGAUGGUGACGAUGUUGUGGCUGAGGCGGCAGCGGCGGCGGUGGUGGUGGUAGUAGUGGUGGUGGUGAUGCUGCCCCGCCUCCCGGCUCCCCCUCCGUCCGUCUCCUCCUCCUUCUUGCUCCUCUCCUCCUCCAGCCCGCGCCUCGCCUCUCCUAGUCCGGGCCGGCCGCCAGCCCCCAACGACACGCCUGCCGCUGAAGGGGAGCCGCGGGUCCCUCGCUCCUCGGGAAGGGUUUGUGAAGGACGGUGCCUAAAUAUUUCCAUGGGCGAGCUAAUUAAUGGUUGUUAUAGUGGGGUGAGAGGUAACAUACAGUGAACAUCGGUGGCUGACAUCUGAGAUGGGCGAGAUAAGAGCGGGGUGAUCUUGGUGAGGCUCGGCGGGCCAAUCAGCGGCGUUCCUCACUGAUCUAUGGUACGGUGGGCGGGGCGAGCCGUGGCCCCGCCCAGAGCCGUGGCCUCCGCCGCCCUCACACCCCUCCACAGUGUGCCUCUCACUGCCCGCUAGGAAGGAGUUGUGUGCUGCGCUGCGCUGCGCCGUGACAUUCGAUAUCUGUGUGAGCGACGGUUUGACAUUGUCGCUGAGAACUGUGGUCCUCGCACCGAGCGGCGCGGCCGUGUUAGAGACCAGGCAAGAUGAUAGUGUGUUGUAACGGCUGCCAGAAGCCCAUCACAGGCAAGUUCCUGGUGACGGUGCUGGAGAGGACGUGGCACGCCGAGUGUGUCCGCUGCUCCGACUGCGGCUGUGCCCUCACCGACAAGUGCUUCAGCCGCGAGGGAAAACUCUUCUGCAGACCAGAUUUUUUCAGGCGGUUCGGGACCAAGUGCUCGGGGUGUCUUCAGGGCAUCUCGCCGCAGGACCUGGUGAGGAAGGCUCGUGACCGCGUCUUCCACCUCAAGUGCUUCACCUGCUGCGUCUGCCGAAAACAGCUUUCCACCGGCGAGGAACUCUACGUCCUCGAGGAGAACAAGUUCGUGUGCAAGCAAGACUACAUGAGCGGCAAGUUGACAGUCGACCCUUAUGUCAUGUCCGACGAGGAAGAGGAGAUCGAGUCUAUGGAUACCGGGGACGCCUCGCUCAAAUCUCCGGGCUCAGACUCCGCCGCCCUGCACGCCCCCAACACACCGGCCACGCCCGCCACGCCCUCGGCCCCACAAACCACCGACCUCGACAAGGCCUCAAGCGUAAACUCCCGCGACGACGGCGACGACGAAGACGAGGAUCUGGAGGCUGGGAAGGACGACGACGACAAGAGGGUGGCUGAGGAGGAGAAGGGGUCUAAACGGCGCGGCCCCAGAACCACCAUCAAAGCCAAACAGCUGGAAAUUCUCAAAAACGCCUUUAACAAAACGCCCAAACCCACCAGACACAUCAGGGAGCAGCUGGCCAAGGAGACAGGCCUGCCCAUGCGAGUGAUUCAGGUGUGGUUCCAGAACAAGAGAAGCAAGGAGCGGCGACUCAAGCAGCUUUCCUCCAUGGGGAUGCGCGCGCACCUGUUCGGCAACCCACGGAAGCUGCGUGACCUGCCCCUGGGGAUGGAGGACGGCUACGGCUUCUUCCCCGGCUACAAUGGCUUCCCCGGACAGCAGUUCCCCGGGUAUUUCGGCCCCCAGCAGCCCAUGGGGUACCCGCACAUGGGCCCCGGCAUGGAGCAGCCCCUGCCCCCCGGUGGACCCAUGGGGGGCGCUGAGUUCCCCGGAAUGCCUCCCAUGGCCAUGAUGGGGGAGGCCUUCCCGCCGCACCCCCCCAUGACCUCCCCCUCCGAGGAUGUCUCAGUUCACAGCGGCUCUGGCGGAUUCAGUGACCAUCAAAGUUCGGAAAUUCUGGCGUGGUAACCUGACAUCACGUGACCUCAGCCGCCGCCACCACCACCAACAACAACAAUAACAAACAACAACAACAACAACAACAACAACAACAAACGACAAACAAAGCAACCAAAGAAGCUUCCCUUGCGGAACUCUGUGACGUCAUAAGUCUGAUGUCUCAAGAGAUUUUUUCCCGCUAUUUUUUUGAGUUAUACUUUUUUCUUGUUUUAUGUUGUUGUUAUCUAUUUAUUUACUUUUUUAAUUCUUUUAUUCGUGAAGGAUGGCCCGUUGAAUUUUUGUUGUUGUUUUUUUUUAUGUGUAUGAAUUAAAUAGAAGGAAAGAAGGAAUAAGAAGGAAAAAGGAAAAAAAUAUGCGUAAAAGGAAGAUAAGAGAUAUUUUUAUGAAGUCGGUGCAAGCGGAAAAAAAGAAAGAAGAAAAGGAAGUAGCAGAUGGCGAAGAAGAUGAAGAAGAAGAAGAUGGAGAAGAAGGAGGAGAAGGAGGGAGGAGGAGGAGAAGGAGGAAAAGUUAUAUUAUUAUUAUUAAUCUUAUUCAGUAAAUGUCGUCCAUAGAUGUCAGUGUAAAGGGGAAGAAAAGAAAACGGGAAGAGGGAGGGCGAGGGAAGGGGAAACUAAACUACACUGCUCUCUGACUCUCAUUUAAUAAAGGGUCAGUUUUAUAAUUACCUUGGCAGUCACGUUUUUGGUUAGUGGAUCCAUUUUUUCCAAACACCGCUGGAACAAGACGCGCCCUGUACACCUCUGAGGAAGGUAGGAAAAACGUACACUGUAGUUUGCCACACGGUUUUGUAUGUAUGUAAUGUAUGUACGGUGUAGUCAUGUACGUACGUAGAAUGGGUUCAAAACACACACACACACACACACACACACACACACACACACACACACACACACACACACACACACACACUCACACACUUCUACAUUUCUACACUCACACACACACUCACACACACGCACACAGUAGAAGUAUCAUAGGUGGUAUCUCGUGUACGCGUCACCCGUGUGUAAAGCUACAUAUGUACGUUGAACUCAAAAAAAAGAAAAAAAAAUGUGCACUUUCAGAUAGUCGUGUACACUUACAGAGACAGCCAUGAACGAAAAGCUUAAAAAAACGAACACAUUAGUAAUAUAGAAACCAUAAUAUUUUGAUAAUGACUCUUAAAAUGCACGCAAUUAUCUUUAUAUUAUUUUUUACAGCAAUGAAUCCCAAGUUUUAUGGGGCUUCAAGAGUCACAGUAACACUAAAACUCUUCAUAAAAUAUUUGAUCGCAGACUCUGAGGGUUCAAGAAGUCAGAAUCCUUGUACUUCCUUUAUAUGGCAUCUGAUCCUAAGUUUAUGAGCAUUCAGGACUUCGAAUCGCCUGGAGCGUCUUCGUAACUUCAAAACGUUCAUGGCUUAAGUUUGUUUCAUGACUCGAAUACUCCCGAAUCUCUCUAUAAGGUGUUCGAUCCAAAGUUCAAAAGGGUUCAGGGCGCGGACUCCCGGAGGAUUGUCUACAGGGAUAACAUGGUACCUGCUCGAUCCUCCUUUAGAGCGUUGGAUCAUCUUUCGUCCACUUAAGCAAAGGGUUCACAUUCCUGAUAUACAUAUAUAUAUUGCUAUGAACUAUUUAUAAGGCUUGGGGAGAGGGACCAGGGACGGGUGGGGGGUGUAUAUAGAUGUACAGUCUGUUGUAGUGCAGGAUAAAACAAACAACCCGUUUUCUUUUUUCCAUUUUUUAUUAUGAUUAUUAUUCAUCUGUGAGUGUAGAUAGAUUUCCCAGAAGUUUUACGGCCGAGUUUACUAUUACUGCUAUUAUCAUUACUAUUAGCUAUUACGUGCAAGUUUAUAUUAUGAUUAUCAUUUUUAUCUUUUUUUCAUCUUUUUUUUUCAUUGGAAGCUGUUUUUUUUUCUUUUUUAUUAUUCCUUUUUGUUAUUUUCUUUCCAAUUUCUCGUCUACGAAAUAAUAAUAAUUUACUGACUCGGUUUGGCGCUUCGAGUAGUAACAGUCGCGGAAUAUAAGAAUCACUAACUUAAUGCCUAAGGUGUUCUACCGUACUGAUAUUAUGAAGUUAAGACGCGCCCGGUGCCUCGUGGCGUCACCGUGGCGUCACCGAGGGCUGGGCGGCGCCGAGAGCAAAGAAAACGCAUCCUUGUUUCCCUUACAUAGUGUUCUCCUAAACAUUUCUUAUUUUUCCUGUUUUAUUGAGUUUUCCUUUAAGUGUAUGAGUGUAAUAACGACCAGUGCUUCAUUAAUGUAUAACACUUGAGAGGCUGACGACGCAGCACCACCAGUAACCUUGAGAAAAGUGAACAUUAUGAAAAAAAAAAGUGCCCGGAGGUGAGAGAAGAAAAUAAUGUUUACGAAUGAUCUGGCCGGCACUCCGCUCAGGCGAGGUUGAUGACUAGCAAUUACACGCUAUAAAUUCCUGCUAUCUCAAGCCUCCCAGAUGAAUGGCGGAGUUUGCAGGACGAAAUGGAAGAUAAUUAUAAGCUUCUGAACUUUCUAAGCAAACGUUGAGGAUGCGUUCAGUCCGCGCAGCAAUAGCUUAAUAGGGGCAAUUACAAUGACAAUUGGCUCACUUUUCCAAGGUUCCUGGUGCGUGCUGCGGAGGGAAACAGUAGCCUGAGGGACGCGAGUAGGGAGGUGUUGCGUGCCUCUCCUCCUCCUCCCUCUUCGGCGUGCUCUUCAUUACGGCUUGUUUAUUUGAUUUUUUUUUUUUUUUACAUAUAUUUUUCUGAUUAUAUGUGAAUCUGUGAUAUCAAUUAUUUGUUAUAUCUCCAGUGACACUUUUUUUGUAAUAAAACUAACGAAAUGAACUGAUAAA